CCCCCGGCCGCGAGUGGGGCCGCUACCGCCGCCGCCAUCCGCUCCCGGCGGCUUCCGCUGCCUGACUGACGGGCCCGGCAGUCCCUCCCUGCCGCCUCCCCCUCCUCAGAGCCGCCGUAGUCGCUACGAGGGGGAGGGAGCGGGGCUCAGGGAACCAGCGGACCAAUCGUGGUCCCGAGAUACGUCAAAAGAGGCGAAUCAGAACCUGCCAGGGGGGUGGAGACUCCAGCGCUGAAGUGCGGCGAGGGAAGAGGAGGGGAGAGAAUGGGGCGCUAGUCAACGGCCGACGCUCCAGGCUGACCCGCCUCGCGCAGCCGCACCCAAUCACAAUGCUCAGGGUUGGAGAUGGAGCCAAUCAGAUCCAAGCAGGAGGCGGGAACGCCGUCUCUCAAGUAUAAGGCAGGAGAGCGCGAGAAACCACCAGCCGGCGGCACCUAGGCCUCGUCUCACGAAGGCCAAUCGCAAUCCAGAUACAGGCGAGUGACUGUCAAGAAGGCCAAUUAGAUCCUCCGGAGGGAACACGGCCUCUGCUCUGAGGGACGGCUCUACUUACCAAUAGCAUGGGCGAGAAGGCGGUCCCUUCGCUAAGGAGGAGGCGGGUGAGCUAGAACUUUGAGGUACAGAGCGUGAGCACGGCGGGGCGCCCUGCGGCCGGCUGGGAGCAGUGCAGGGCCUGGAGUGGGUGUGCGAGCCGAGUGUGUUAGGGAGGCAGCCAGUGUGGAGGCCGUGAGAGAGAUCGAGGGGCCAAGAUAAGCAGCUGAGGCCAGUGCGCAGGGGACUUGCUGCAGCCGAAAGCAUCUCGGAGACCAUUUCUGGCUGUGAAGGCGAAAGCCUGCGAGGGUCCCGGAUCACCGGGUGGGGCGGCUUCCCAAAGACUAUGGAUGCCCCACUGGUGGAGUGAGGUUGUAGGUGGAGGGUUAGGAGAUAUGGGGAAACCGCCGAAUGGGUACGCAAGCCCGGGCUGGUCCACCCCGCCUGCCAACCUAACCAGAGGCGCGUCCCCGCCGCCUCGUUCCUGGUCAGGAAUUGUGGGGACAAAACCUGGGAAUUUUAGAGUCCAGGAAGUACCUCAUCAUCUAGAAGAAGGCUUUCGGGUUACUAGUCAGGAAACAGACGGAGGGAAGUUGAAGAGUUAGCAAGAGCAAGAAGCUGUUUAUUAGAAGCCAGGUCUCUUAAUCCUUGACUCGACAGCACUGGGUUUGGUUUUGAUUAGGAGUCUGUGCCCCCACUUUAACCUGCUGCAUGCUUCUAUGAGAUAGGUGGUCAUAGGCAGGACUACCUUUCCUUCUCACCUACCAAGUUGAGUUUAGACUUUGUUGUUUGUUUGUUAUUGUUGUUUUAGUUUUUCCUCUUGAGAUAAAAAUUUCCUGGAGGCCCUGGCCUUCUGGUAUAUGAAGAAUUCAUCAGAGUUUCUCUACAGAGUUAGUGCUAAAAGGGCCUCAAGUGGACAAACUUCCUUCUACCUGAAAGAAAAGGCCUCAUCUACAGUAGUUCACACUUUAUUUCUUCUGUAAAAAUGCAUGCCCAUGAGCCAUUGGGUGGCUACAGUUAAGCUAGAACCCAGGAGCUGUCUAUGAGAUAUAAUCUGGGGGCAUAAUUGAGGAAAUAGGUCACAGUGGCUAGACAGUGAGGUCACAGAGAGGUUUGUUUGUCCCAGACUCCAUGGGGGGAGGGGUCUAGGAUGCAGAGAGGCCCCAGAGGUCCUCCAAGCCCAGGCAGGGGACAUGGUGUGGGAAAGACAGUGGGAACGGGAACCAGGAAGCUGAGUACAGGGGCCCAAGGGGCCUGGAGAGAUGAGGGCAGGACCAGGGAAGGGGCAGUCAGGAUGGUGAGGAGAAGCAGGAGACGGAAGCUGCAAAAAUUCACCCGGCUGUGUGGACAAGGACAGGAGGAGGGGCUCAGGGUAAAGCGGAGCUGCCCUUCAUGUGGCCCAGAGCCUGGGGGUGAAGAGAAGAAGGGGAGAAGGAACCCUAUUUCUGUUCACUUGUUCCCCCCAGAGCUGGUGGAGCAUAUCAUCUCAUUCCUCCCAGUCAGAGAUGUAGUCGCCCUAGGCCAGACCUGCCGCUACUUCCACGAAGUGUGUGACGCAGAGGGCGUGUGGAGGCGCAUCUGUCGCAGGCUCAGCCCCCGCCUACGAGAGCAGGGUUCUGGGGUCCGGCCCUGGAAGAGAGCUGCCAUUCUCAACUACACAAAGGGCCUGUAUUUCCAGGCAUUUGGGGGCCGCCGCCGCUGUCUCAGCAAGAGCGUGGCACCCCUGUUAGCCCAUGGCUACCGCCGCUUCUUGCCCACCAAGGACCACGUCUUCAUUCUUGACUAUGCGGGGACCCUCUUCUUCCUCAAAAAUGCCCUGGUGUCCUCUACCCUUGGCCAGAUCCAGUGGAAGCGGGCCUGCCGCUAUGUUGUGUUGUGUCGGGGAGCCAAGGAUUUUGCCUCGGACCCAAGAUGUGACACAGUUUACCGUAAAUACCUCUAUGUGUUGGCCACUCGGGAGCAGCUGGGAGUGGUAGGCUCAACUGGCAGCCGGGCCUGUGACUGUGUGGAAGUCUAUCUGCAGUCCAGUGGGCAGCGUGUCUUUAAGAUGACCUUCCACCACUCCAUGAGCUUCAAACAGAUUGUGCUAGUUGGUCAGGAGACUCAACGGGCUCUGCUGCUCCUCACAGAGGAAGGAAAGAUCUACUCGUUGGUAGUGAAUGAAACCCAGCUGGAUCAGCCACGUUCCUACACAGUCCAGCUGGCCCUAAGGAAAGUAUCCCGUUGCCUGCCUCACCUGCGUGUGGCCUGCAUGGCUUCCAACCAGAGCAGUACCCUCUACAUCACGGACCAGGGGGGAGUGUAUUUUGAAGUGCAUACCCCAGGGGUGUAUCGUGAUCUCUUUGGGACUCUUCAAGCCUUUGACCCCCUGGACCAGCAGAUGCCACUUGCUCUGUCACUGCCUGCCAAGAUCCUAUUCUGUGCUCUUGGCUACAAUCACCUUGGCCUGGUAGAUGAAUUUGGCCGAAUCUUCAUGCAGGGAAAUAACAGAUAUGGGCAGCUGGGAACAGGGGACAAAAUGGACCGAGGGGAGCCCACUCAGGUACCUUAUCUGCAACGGCCCAUUGCCCUAUGGUGCGGUCUCAACCACUCCCUGGUACUGAGCCAGGGCUCGGACUUCAGCAAGGAGCUGCUGGGCUGCGGCUGUGGGGCUGGAGGCCGCCUCCCUGGCUGGCCUAAGGGGAGUGCCUCCUUCGUCAAGCUCCACGUCAAGGUCCCUCUGUGUGCCUGCUCCCUCUGCUCCACCAGAGAGUGCCUCUACAUGCUGUCCAGCCACGACAUCGAGCACCAUCUCGCCUAUCGGGACCUACCAGCCAGCAGGGUGGUGGGGACCCCUGAGCUCAGCCUGGGGGCUGGGCUACCCCAGGACCCUAGGGGGGCGGCCCGGGCCUGUGAGGAGUACCUCAGCCAGAUCCACAGUUGCCCCACAUUGCAGGACCGCAUGGAGAAGAUGAAGGAGAUCGUGGGCUGGAUGCCCUUGAUGGCUGCACAGAAGGAUUUCUUCUGGGAGGCCCUGGACAUGCUGCAGAGGGCCACUGGAGGGGUUGGCCCAGGCCCCCCGGCCCCUGAGAGCUGACCCUUCUCUCCUAGCCUGACCCCUGGAGGGAAAGUCUGGCCCUGGGCCAGGGGCUAAGGAGAGAUGGAGUGGUAGCAAUAAACACUGUGUGUACAUGGGGAGGGGGACACAGGGGUAGGGCAGGAAACUGUUUUAUAAAAUGUUCAGGGGGCUGCCCAGGAGGGGCCCCCAACCUGGCUAUCAUGGACAAGAGAUUUGAUGGACAAAUAGAAUAAAAGGCUGAAGUGAGGCCCGGUUUGGAA